AUGAAAGAUCCAAAGACAGGAAUGGACACUACUAAAACUGAAUGUGCACGCUGUCACAAACGUUUAGUUGAGAAAGACAUUGUAAAGCAGACGCAAUGUGGCCAUCUCUUCCAUGCGCAUUGUAUUGACAACCACUUGCGAACGGGUCUAUCCUGUCCUGUGUGUCACGUCCAAUUGCUUCUCCCAACUGCUACUGCUGGCUCAAUUUAUCCGGCAACUCAAUUACCUCCUCGUGCACUUCCCGUAGCGACUGCUUUUGUGCCUGCGGAAGGCACAAACUCGCGUGAUUACGCAACGUGUCGAGAAUGUGGGCAAAUGUUUUACCGUGAUCCGACCAAGGUCCGUCCUGAGACAAAUGCGUGGUAUCGCUGUGAACGUUGUGCACCAACAAAUAUUGUGGAGUUUCUUCGAGACAGUUUUUGUGUGCUACAGUAA